AUGGCAGCUUUGGAGAGAUCGCCGCCUUAUUUGGCUGCCAUCGACCUGUCCGGAUACCAGGGACUUGCACAGAUCCAACAAGCCAAAGAGCUCGCAUACGCCGGCGGAAUCGCAUCGACCGUGACCCCAGCCAAUAUCGAUAUCGCAUUGGCACUGCUGAAAGAUACCGUGUCCCGAUUCCCCGUCUACCUCGAAGUCUCUGCCCUCGAAUCGCAACAAGAUCUGAUCGACUUGCUUGACGCCGGCGCCGCCAAGCUCUUCGUAUCAAGCCCCCAAGCCGCAGUCCUCUCAGAAGUCAAAGGUCUCGACCUGAGUCGCAUAGUGUACACACCUACAGCCUCCGUUGGCGAUAGUGAACGUGCUGUACAGGGCAAGCCUUUUGGCCUCUUCAUACAGAAUGUGAGCAGCGUCAGCACUGUUGGCGCAUUGCUGCAAGAGCUUGGCAAGAAUCAUCCGCCGGUCUAUGUCUCGAAGGCACACAUCACAGAGGAGGAAGCUGUUGGGCUCUGCACGCAAAACGCGGUUCCAAUUAUACCAGCUCAGCAGCUGACUGUAGCUACUGAGCCUUCACCAGACCAUAUCAGAAUCGCAACUCUGAUCUUGGCUCUCACCAAAAGCGACCGACCAGAUGGACUCUUCACCACAUUGGUUACUGAUGAGCGCGGAAUUGCUCUUGGCUUGGUGUACAGCAGUGCCGAAAGUGUUGCGGAGAGUUUGAAGUGCGGACGUGGCGUGUACCACAGCAGAAAGAGAGGGUUAUGGCGGAAGGGUGACACCAGCGGUGACUGGCAAGAAUUGGUGCGCAUUGAGGCCGACUGUGACCAGGACUGUCUAUCUUUUGUGGUCAGGCAGCAGGGUCACGGCUUCUGUCACUUACAAACAGCGACCUGCUUUGGACAGUAUAGAGGACUCUCCAAGCUGCAGAAAACGCUUCAGAGCCGGAAACGCUCUGCACCAGAAGGGUCAUACACUGCUCGCUUAUUCACCGACUCUAAAUUGCUCAACGCCAAGAUCAUGGAAGAGGCUGCUGAGCUUACAGAAGCGCAAUCGAAAGAGGAAAUUGCUUUCGAAGCAGCUGAUGUGCUCUACUUCACGCUGACCAAGGCCAUUGCUGCCGGUGUUUCUCUGGAAGACAUCGAGCGGAAUCUGGACGCCAAGAGCGUGAAGGUGAAGAGACGGAAAGGUGACGCGAAGGGACCAUAUGCAGAGAAGUUCGGCGUCGAUGGAUCGGCACCCUCGAAUGGCGCUCCGAGCAAAAAGGAGAUCAGGGAGGCCGAGUCGAAGCCGAAGAGCGAAGACGAUCCUGCAGGUGUAGAUAAGGACGGGAGAAUACGCAUGAAUCGCCUUGUCACGGCCAACGAGACGCCAGAAACGAUUCGCUACGCCUUGCAGCGACCUUCUCAGCGAUCGACCGAGAAGAUCAUGGGCAUUGUCAACCCGAUCAUCAAGGACAUUCGGGAGCGCGGCGAUACAGCUUUGCUUGAAUACACCCAUAACUUCGAGAAAGCGACAUCAUUGACAUCAGCCGUGCUUAAAGCGCCUUUUCCGCCAAGCUUAAUGCAACUGUCUCCCGAGACGAUCGAAGCCAUCGACAUCUCAUACGAAAAUAUCCGCAAGUUCCACGCAGCACAGGCCACAGAGACUUUGGAAGUCGAGACGAUGCCUGGUGUAGUGUGUUCACGCUUCGCACGACCUAUCGAAUCUGUUGGGCUUUAUGUACCUGGCGGCACUGCAGUACUUCCAUCAACCGCACUCAUGCUUGGCGUUCCGGCAAUGGUAGCUGGCUGCAAGCGCAUCGUCCUCGCCUCACCUCCGCGUGCAGAUGGUUCUUUGACACCCGAAAUUGUGUAUGUUGCUCACAAGGUCGGUGCCGAGAGCAUCGUACUCGCUGGUGGUGCUCAAGCUGUAGCUGCGAUGGCUUACGGCACCGAGAAUGUCAGUAAGGUUGAUAAGAUUCUCGGUCCCGGCAAUCAAUUCGUCACAGCAGCCAAGAUGAUCGUGUCGAAUGAUACGAGCGCCAAUGUGAGCAUCGAUAUGCCUGCCGGGCCAUCGGAAGUGUUGGUCAUAGCAGACAAGACUGCUAACCCGGCUUUCGUGGCUUCCGACCUGCUCUCUCAAGCCGAACAUGGUGUAGAUUCACAAGUAGUCUGCAUCGCGGUUGGCCUGAAUGACGCGGAAGUGCAAGCUAUCGAGGAUGAAUUGCAUAAGCAGGCUAUGGCAUUACCUCGUGUGGACAUGGUCAGAGGCGCGAUCUCUCACUCGACUACCCUCAUCGUCAAGGACAUCGAGGAGGCCAUGGAAUUGAGCAAUCUUUACGCACCCGAGCACUUGAUCCUGCAGGUUCAAGAUCCAAUCGCUGUUCGCGAGAUGGUGCAAAACGCUGGCUCUGUCUUCUGCGGUCAGUGGACACCUGAAAGUGUUGGCGACUACUCGGCUGGUGUCAACCACAGUCUACCGACUUAUGGCUAUGCCAAGCAAUAUUCUGGAGUCAACCUUGGCAGCUAUGUGAAGCACAUCACAAGCUCGAAUCUCACAGCAGAAGGUUUGAAGAACGUUGGUCAAGCAGUGAUGAGACUGGCGGCUGUGGAAGAGCUACAUGCCCACGAGAGAGCGGUCAAGAUCAGACUUGAUUAUAUGGCAAAAGCCCAAAUAUGAUUGCUAUGCAGUGUUAUGUCGCUGACGAAAGUGUAUAGAUGAGCCAGAUAGAAUCUCAAGGAUCGCAUGAUACCAGG